UAAACGCCAUUUCGAGUCUUUCGUAUUCUUAGUACCUAUAUAAGAAGAGAGUUUGUGCGGUAGUGCCGAUGACCAUCCUUGUUGCACAGUGGGUGUACCCAUCUGUAUGGGGCUCGUGUUCAGGUUGUUAUGACUGAGAACGCCUUGUGGAAGGAAGAUUUUAUUUGAGAUUACACUCGAGUUAAAUUUUGGAGGUCUGAUUGAGUUGGCCGACAGGUGAUGAUCAAAUUCGAACUUGGAACCUCUAUGGUCGCACAGGUCCUGCAUUCGGGUCGCGAGACCCCGAGUGGGCUAGUCAGUUCUGUUGUAACAACCUGAGCACGAAACGAACUCGACACAUGGAUACACUUGCUACGAAAGAUCGUGUAUCGCGUGAUAGUAUAGUACUGCGCAAUCCCUUCGUAUGUUCUGAGAAUUAUAGAAAAAAAUGGCGUGUAUAGAUUAAUUAACUUUCCCAUAGGUCUCGGAGCGCACCACUAAUUAUAUACCAAUCAACCGUUGUAUAAACAUACUGAAUUACUUAAAAUAUACAUUUAUAUAAACACAAAUUGUGUGUACGUAGAAUGCGCGUUCAGAGACGCUCUCAUUAUUUUUUUGCACGCGUCGUUACAAAGUUUUUUUUAAUAAAUGGAAACAUUUUGGACUUUAUUUCAUCUUUAUUGUUUAUUAAAUGUAGAACGUAAAUAAAAUGAUAGCUUCGAGCAUUUGAUAUUUGCUGAUACGAGCUUCGGACUAACGAUAUAAACACAAAAGUUCCUAGCGAAUUGGGAAGUACACGAGCACAUGCGUUGGAUGCGCAAUAGACGUGCGUCAUCGAUGCGUACAAUGUUCGAUGUAUUGUGUAUGUGUAUGUACAUAUAUAUGUUGACAACGCAUUUGUGCUUAUCUCAAUUACGCGUGACAUGUAAUACACGCGGAUCGCGAUCACAUUGCUGCGUUACGUACCGUAUAAAAACCGAAUUGCGUUUGUCGGAGAAAUCGCAUCCUCGUGUAAUCACGGCACGCGGUGAUUGUUUUUUAGAUCGUGAAAAUUAGAGUGAGGUCGAAUCGCGAGACUUGAUUCGCGAGUUUUUCUUGUCGACUAAACGGUCAAGAGGGAAGCAAAGAUUUCGUUUUUGCGGGAAGAUAUGCCGGAUAGCGGGGCUGUCUACCAACCGACUACCGUUGGUUACACCUACGAGAAUACGGGCGAUGGUACCAGGAGCGGUGACGGUUUUAGGCAUGGAUUCUGGCGCAUCAUGUCCAGGCACAAGCUCAGUUCUAGGAGGUGGUUUGAGUGGAUGAUGGUGUCGGUUGCGUUUUGUUUCAUUUUCGCCGGCCUCGUAACAUUGCUCGUUGUCUUCACUACCGGGAAUGACGAAACGGACACAAGAGUACCAGAGGUAAAGCCAAACGGAUCCACUACAAUAGCUACUGACGUACAGCAGCAAGCGGAAAAUACAGGGAAACAUUCUAUAGCAGUAGGUACUGGAUUGCUAUUAGUUGGUCUGCUACUUGUCUUCGUUUGGAUAUGUCUUGGUUUCUUCCGUCCUAAUAAAUUGCAGAGAAGCAGUAUAGUUAGCAGCAGCGGUCAGUACGGGCCAGUACUCACAGAGGUGCCAAGCCAGUUGAAGCUGAAACAAGUCAAUGAUGCGACUCGUACGACUGCUGUACCCCUUUCCGAUCAAGAGGAGGAAACGCACACGCUAAUGCAAGAUUCAGCAAGCCCACCGUCUGUUUCGGCCGGAUCUAGCACCAUCGCUAAUCAGAUUCCAGGUUGAGAAAAUGUCGUCGUCUCCCUUCGUGCGUAAUUAGGCACAUAUAAUAAAAGAUAUUGCUUCGAGUUACAAAUCUUUUAUCAUGUUUCCUCGAGAGUUUGUCAUCACUUUGAUAAUUCUGCAAAUUACUUAAUUUAUCCGAGAUUGUGUUUUUUUUUUUUUUUUAACUUUUUUGUGGCAUAAUUACAAUGUCACUGACUUAUUGUAUGAUUGAGAGAAUUUUAUGCUAUUUGAAAAAAACUUUUUUAUAACUUUUUAGGUUGUCUGAUGUUUAAAUAAGAUUUUUAAGUAAGCACAAACACAAUGUUUGAGAGAUCUCAUAUAUAGUACGUGUAAAGCAUUAGAUUAUUUAAUUUUUUUAAUUAUCUAUGCAUUCCUCUACUCCGUCCAUUAUUAUUAGUAGUACUAUAUAUUAAAUGAAUAUUUGAUCAGAUAGAAAAAAACAGUGAUUUUGUGUUCUCAAAUUAGUUAUAUCUUAUAACUCUACUAUAUCUGAGUUUGAUAAUAUUUGUACUAGUAAAAUUUAUAAAUGUUUUUUAUGAAGAUAUCUUACUUGAUAAGUUACGAAUAAUAAAACCUAUUACGAUCAUUAGGUUUUUUCUUUAAUGAGAAAAUGAAACAGAAUAAAUACUUCAGUUAUUUACAAUAUUAAUAGAAUCUUUAUAUGAACUAUUGUAUAAAGUAUAUAUACUUCUAUUUAACUUCUAUUUUAUUAGUACUGUAUUUUUUUUCAGAUAAAUUGUACAUAUCUAAUAUUUCCCGUUUUUACUUUUAGUACACCAUAAUCUUUUGUAUGUCAAAAACUAAAUUUUUAAAAACUUUUCUUAAACUGAUAUUAUUUUAAGAAAUAUAGUUUUUUCUACACUUUUUUUUAAGCAGACAUGAUUGUAUGAGCAUUUUUUAAAUCAUCUUUCAAUUUGACGUGCUCAUGAUAACGAUACACAUGCACCAUGUGUUUAAUUAUCAAAUCCAAAUUAGUAACAGUGACAGCAAUCAUUAUUGACAAUAUACUGUAAAUUUAAAUGAUGUAUUGAUAUAUGUAUGUGUGUGUGUGUGUGUGUGUGCGUAUAUAUGUACACGUUAUAUAUAUCACACAUUACAUUAGAUA